CAGUCAAAACAACGUGGACGUAAAAUCUAACCAUGCUGUGUGUAUUUAAUUGAAAUCGUUUAAUUUUCAUUAUUUAAGUGGAAAUUGCAGUUAUUUACGGUAGUUUUUCUCGCGAUUUGCCACCAAUACGUUGAUUGAAAUAAAAUUUAGUUGAUUGAAAUACAAAACUAAAAUGGGAAAAACACGAAAACCAAGAUUUCGUCCACCAAAAACAAAUCCGGUCGGAAUACCCAGUUUACGUGAAAUCAAUUUGAACGACGAAUUAAAUGGCGAUGGCAACCCAGAAGGUGCUUUGGCCGCAAUUCGUGACCAAUUGCAGUCGGGCAGCACAGAUGAAAAAAUGUGCGGCAUACAGGCAAUGGCGUUUUUGUCAUUAAAUCAGAAAAAAGCAGAGGCAAUGUGUGACGGAGAUAUCAUUAGAAUAGCCAUACCACUUUUAGUUGAUCCAAAUAAAAAUAUUCGAAAUGCGGUUGCCGGUGCUUUACGUAAUGUGUCUUUGUGUGGCAUUGAGGUGUGCGAAAGUUUGGUCGAACAAGACAUUCUAACACCAUUAUUAACACUCAUUAUUGAGUACACAGGCAAUGCGGAUUGGGUGCCAAUUAUUGAUAAAUCAGUUGCACAUGUUGAUCAAUUGGAUGUGGCUGGCGAUACAUUUUUGCAGGCCGUUAAUUUGGUGUGGAAUCUGUGCGAAAGUACAUCUGUCGCACUGCAACAUUUCAAUCAAACCAAUAUUUUGGAAAGUUUCGUUCGAUUUCUCAAUUACACAGUAUUUGGCAUUGAUAUCUCCGUUGCAGUUGCUCAAUGUUUGCUGGUGAUUUCUGAAGACAAUCCGGUUGCAUGGCGUGUUCUGAAUAAUUUUGCACAAGACAUUAGUGCAUUGAUUACAAAUGUUGAACGAACUGAACAGAAUAUCGUCUUACGUACGGUGGCUGCGAGCAUUCUAGCCAAUGUACCAAGUCUAUCGACAACAUACACGAAUCAAAUUUUCGAUACAUUAAAUCAAGCGUUAGAUAUAAAUCAUAGAACGCUUUUGGCAAAUUUCACAAGUUCGAUGCCGUUGGAUGAAAGAGAUGAAAAUCCAGCUGGCAUUGAAUUAGUAGCCGAAGAACAAAUGGAUGAAGAAACCGACGAAGAUGCAGCUAGAAGACGCCGUAAACAAGAUUUACCAACUGAACACGACACUGAAGUCAAACACAUGGGAUGGGUGCUCGAAGCACAACGAAUUGCCGCAGAAACAAUUACAAAUCUUUGCUCUGCUGACGAUAAUGAUGGUAAUGACGAUGAUGAUUUAUCGGAUGCAGAAAGUGUUCAUGACUAUGAUAAAGAUUCGUCCAAUUCUAGCGGAGGUCUUCAAGCUGAUAAGCUGCCUAUUGAAAUAUUGGAACCAAUCAAAUCACUCGGAUUGGUUGAGAAAUUAUGGCAACGGGCACAACCCAUUGCCGAAAAUGUUAACAAUUUACUCAAAGAAUCCGAAAAGGAGCUAUUCAAAAAAGUUCGAACAUUACGAACAUCAUCUUUAUUGUGCCUACAAAAUCUAUGCAAUGUAAUGACUACAGAAGAUUUAGGCGGUCCAUCAGCUGUGUACGGAGUUUGGAUUGAUUUGGGGCAACAAGUAUUUCAAAAUAGUCAAGAUGUCGCAUUGGUCGAAGCAUCCACUGCUUUAAUGCGUGCCACACUCGAACACUUGCGCACUAGUGCCGAUUUGUUCAAACAAAUGACAGAGAAUGAUUUAGAAAUGAUGUUAAAAGGUGCAGAAGGUGUUAUGGAACCAGAAAUUCGUGCCAACUGGUUGCGCAUGUUAGGUGUAUUAGGAUGUUUGCUGCCAGAGAAUUCUGUCAAAAUUAUUAUCGAAUGUUUAUUGCAACAGUGCUUCAAGGAAACUGACGUUUGGACACUGUCGGAAGCACUUGAUGCAUUGAUGGACCUAUUUGCAGACAAUGAUUGGAAUCAAAUUUCAUACGAAGUGAAUUUAGCACAAAAAACCAAAGCAUUGGAAAAUAUCUUGAAAAAUAAAUUACGACAACAGAAACGGGAGCUUGCCGAACGAUAUCCAGCCGUUUGUACGGUUCGCACAAAUUUGUCACGAUUUCGAAAAUAUGUUGAAGCUGAACAACAAAAAUACAAACCUAGCAACUCCUAAAAUUCGAUGUUAACUUUGCAAAUCAAGCAUUUGCACAAUUUUUACACAUCAAUCGGUGUAUAAUCUUUUUCAAAUGAAAUAUUUUUUUUGUUAUAAAUCAAACAUUAUAAAGAGAUAUUUUCAGCCA